UCCGGAGGCGGAUAAUCCCCAUCUCUACACGCAGCCCUAAUGCAAUCAGGAAGGAAUUGCUACAACUAACCUUAAAGGAAACACAUUUGAGGAGCAAAUGCAAGUUAGGACCUAGAAGUCCGCCUUUAGGAGAAGCUUGGACGCGGAGGGAGAUGGAUAUUUGCGUUUCACGUUAUUGUGUAAACAGCCCAAACUGUCAGUGAUAAGCCGAUAAUGUGACAGCUGCUGUCGCAUUUCAUUUAGUUUGGAGAACUGAAAGAACAUACUGCUCGCCUUUUCUUUAUCUCAGCACCAUGGUGGCAUACAAUCUGGUUUUAACUUUUAUCAUCGCGGCUCUCUGGCGGGUCAGUGGCGAACCAGAAACUCUUUCUUCACCCGCGACGCAGUUGAAUACAACAUCAUCAUCAUCCAUCAUCAGCGAAGAUGAACCGACACAUAAUGUCACAGAUGCCGCCGUGGGGUCCAGGAUUUCACCUCUAAUGACGCAUCUUCCAACUCUGAAAAACAUUGUUAUUUUCAUCUGCGUGCUAACAGCUGCUCUCAUCACAUGCCUAGUCAUCAAAGUAAUCAGAUCUGGGAGACGGAUCAGAAAAACACGAAAAUAUGACAUUAUAACGACACCUGCAGAGCGUGUGGAGAUGGCCCCUCUUAAUGAGGAGAACGAUGAUGAGGAUGACUCAACCCUCUUUGAUGUCAAAUACAGGUGAAUCCCAGCAUGAACAUCAAUAUUUGAACUCCUGUUGCACCCAGGACAACUCAAGCGAUUUCCUGUAUUUUUUUUGUUUUGUUCAAGUCUUAUCAAAUCAGCAACUUCAUAAGCUGCUUGUGCAUGGCUUUUAUCUGUGUUAAAAGGACUGGAGCCGCAUGGAUAUCAUUGUUUGCUGCUUGACUGGCGCUUCUAUCAUGUGGCACAAAUAACCUGCACAAUGCUUCCUGAUGUUAAAGAUCAGGAUGCUUCAUGUUAUCCGCAAAUGUCACGCAGUAAUCAGGCUGCUAGUGACUUUGAGGUCAAUCAUCUUUAUAAGAACUCAGAAGAAUUAUAUGAAAAUAACAUUUUCUUUUUUUACAUAUAUUUUCUGACAUUUAUUGUCAUUUAAUUUGUACUCUUGAGCUACAGUAUGUUGGGGCUGAGGAGUUUAUAGAAGGAACCAAUGACUGCUUGAAGCAACGAUAUAAACCCAUAUUAAAACUAAAGACCAACAGUUAAUGCAUAAAAUGUUAAAAUGCAACACAUUGUGCAGAGAUAACUUUAUCAAAUAUAAAAAAAUGCACACUCUGAAAAAUCUAUAAAUAUACAGUAAUUGAUAUUUUUAACUAAACUUUCAUACCAAAUAUAUUUCUACCUACUAACCACUUUAUUGUGCAUAUAUAUACUGUUGUCCGUCCUUAUGUAUGGAGUAAGCGUAUAUUUUUUUACAGUGUGUUGCUGUAGACAUUCCUGUUUUGCUGCUAUCUCAGCUGAAUUUUUACGUUUUCGAGUUUCAAUUUGAUUAAGAGCUCAAAGAAUAUAGUCAGGGUAUAUUUGUAUGGUGUUUAUGGAAUACUUCCAUUUGCUAUGAAUGUGAACGCUGUAAUCUGUUGCGAUCGGACAUGUUCAAUCAUGACAAUGUCAUUCAAUCAAGUAACCAGUGAAUGACAUCAAUAGUGAUGUAGUUACAGUAUUUAACAUGUUCAACAUGCACCCAGUGUCUUAUUUUAUAUAUCAAAACAAUGUAAUGUCACCUUAGUCAAGAUGGUUACUUGAUUAAAAAUGAUCCCUAAAAUCUGGUAUCUCUUGUUUGAGAUGGUGAACAGCUAGUUAAGUAUUGAGGAAAACCUCCCGCAAUGACUUUCCAUGAAUGGCUCACUGAUUCUUCUAAUAUCUAACUUGAAUACUGCUGUUUUUCCCCCUGAGGAGUUUCCUCUAUGAGACCAACAGAUUCUAGUUUUAAAAAGUGUCCGUAUCUUGGUGGAAAUUAUUUGACAUGUGGGUUGAAAAAACAAACAAUAAAAACAAUUUAGCCAAGUAACAUUUAAAACAAUGAAACCCAUCACUGGUUUGUCAAAUUUGUAAUAUAUUUCAUUUGAAUAACAAAUACAGGCUAAUCAACCAAAAGUCUGGUAGAAAGUAGACAUAAGAAAUAGCAAGAAGGAGCUGACAACCUUCCUCCUGCGCCCUAAAUGUAAUUACAGUAAACUAACAACAUGGCAUGGAGUACGGCUAGAUUAGCUUUCAGCAGGAAACAUGACUUUGGGUGUUGUAGGUGACCUUCUGUUUUAAUCCAAACUGUUACUUGAUAGUGCACAAUGGUGGCAGCUGUUUCUGAAUGACCUCUGUACAUGUAGAGAAUAGAAAAGAUUGCAAUGCCCAACAGUUUUUUUGUUUCCAGGAGAAAGAACAUUGUGCUAAUCUUUGUUCCUAACAAAGUUAUUGACAUUCACAGAAGACUGGAUACAUUUAUUGUCACUGUUAGAUAUACAAGCACUGUGGAGUGUGUGUGAAUGAAUCAUAUGUAAGUCAAACUUUUAACCAUAUUUUUGAUAUGUUGUUUAGCAAAUUGCUGGCUAUUUCCUGUGUUUUCCAUCAGACUAUAUUGACCACUGUUUAUUGCAGUAUUGUCAUGUUUCAUAGUAGUUUUUCACUGUACGUGCAGAAAACUGCAGAUCCAUUUUUGUGCCUCUGCUCAGUUUGUCUCAGGCGAGAAUCUCACCCUUGUACAGUUCUCCUCUAUCAUGCUGACAUCUUUUAUCUUUACUUGUGCGUGAAAUUGUGGAAAAACCCUGCUCAUCAAAGAUGCUAAUUCUGGACUUUUAUUAGAACUGCAUCAUCUGCUACAGACAGUUCCUGUCGUAAAAUGAAUCAAAGUCAUUGUGGUAGCUAUUUGAGGACUGCAGCUAAUUUCCCGAAUCCCACGUUUAAACCAAAAAAAAAGUUUAAUGUUCAAACUGUUUUGGAAGUUUAUUGAAAACAAGUCUGUUUGGUUUUUGACACAGAAAUGUUAUGUGUACCCACAACUGUCCCCCAGUUUCCAUUUCUUUGAAACACUACUGAAAUAAAAUUACUUCCUUUGAAGUGUUAAAUCGUU